AUCAUUUGCAAUCAUGGCAGAGAACAGUGAAACGAACGCGAAUGAUGGUAAGGUAAACCUUAAAGUAGCAUACAGUCAGGGUGGUAGCGAAGAUGAAAUCCAAUUCUCCGUUAAACCAACAACAAAACUUGGUAAGAUUUUUGCUGCUUUCUGUCAAAGAACAGGUCAGGAUCCAGCCACCGUACGAUUCACUUUCAACGGUGACAGACUAGAAGCAGAUGAUACUGUAAAACAACAUGAAAUUGAAGAUGAUGACCAAAUUCAAGCUCACGUCGCUCAAAUUGGUGGUCAAUAAACGGCAUAAAAUCAUUCUCUUUUCCUUUCUUUUAUAAUAGUCAAUAUAAAUUUGAAAUACAUUAUUAAAUAC